AUGGCACCCCAGGUGCAGGAGCUCGCCUUCCAAGCCACGCGAAGCAUUUCCGAUGUUGCAAAGCGGAUACUGAUUCCCUUGACUCCUACAAGCCCGCCGGGUCUUGUCCAGGCGAAUACUGUCGAUCCCUGGGCCAAAGCCGGCAAAUAUGCUCUGGGAUGGACCUACUUUGCAGCCGCGCUCUCUGGCUGCGUAUUCUUGGUCCGCGUGUGGCACUAUUGGCAGGACAAGAUUCGACAGGCCAUUUACAAACAACAAGUCGAGGCUCACUAUCGGGACACUUACAAUGUUGACGCCGAGUUUGUCAUGGAUGCGAUUCGCUCUGGCACGGCCUCGGAGUUCUUCACUGAGGGUAACCAUAUAGGCGAGAAUAAGUUUCGUCCGAAAGCGCAUUUCUCUUCCAUUGGAUUUGUAAACGACACGUUAGCAUUGUUACGAUGGGUGUUUUACCGGUCUAUUCCCGAUAUUGUCAUCGGAAAGUUUCGGUUUACUUUCUCGUCGCUUGCGGUCCUGACGGCAACCUUUAUCGCCCUUGCUUUCGUCACCCUUUAUACCUUUUUGCAGCAGCCACUUUACUGGGAGAGCAUUCGAUUUGGAGCACCGCCUGUGGCGAUCAGAGCCGGUAUGCUCUCCGUGGCACUGACCCCAUGGAUUGUGGCUACGAGCAUGAAGUCGAAUCUAUUAACCCUAUUCCUUGGCAUUGGGCCAGAGCGACUGAAUGUAUUUCACCGAUGGCUCAGCUACAUUGCUUUAUUUCUUGCCCUGGUUCACAUGAUCCCUUUCUACAUUCAACCUGUGUGGGAUGACAACGGCAUGUCUGUUUGGGUUUCGGUUUUCCCACCUGGUAGCGGCAUAAUAUACGGUAGCGGCAUUGCCUGCAUAGUACCAUUGAUUUGGCUAUGUGUGACAUCUUUCCCUUGGAUCCGAAGAGUCGCCUACGAAUUGUUUGUCAUGUGCCACGUUCCCGUUGGUAUUCUGUACGUUGGUGUAUUGUUCUGGCAUACCAAGAAUCGUCUGAUGACCUGGGACUAUCUCUAUGUAACUGUGGCCAUCUGGGGAGCGUGUAAUAUCGCACGACUCUUCAAGCUCAACUGGACCAAACCAGGACGACUGUCUUUCAUGGUCGGUGAUGAGGCUGCCAUUACCCUCAUGGCUGAGAACGCAAUCAAGGUCACUAUACCUACCCAGAUGCGUUGGAAGCCGGGCCAAUAUGUAUACCUCCGUAUGCCUGGCAUUUCCUUCCUCGACAACCAUCCAUUCACUAUUUCAUCUCUCUGCAGUGAAGAUUUCCCUUCCGAGUAUGGAGAGAAUUACCGAGAUUGUAUUCUCCUCUUCAAAGCAUAUGGUGGCUUUACACGCAAAGUUCUAGAAACUGCAAUCGAAAAGGGCCCCUUUCAUACAUACCGUGCAUUUUUAGAUGGCCCAUAUGGCGGAAUGACGCGCGAUUUGGCUGCUUUUGAUACUUGUAUCCUCAUUGCGGGUGGAAGUGGUAUUACUUCACUGAUUUCUCAGCUUCUCUACCUAGUGAAGCGAAUGCGUGAUGGCAAAGCCAUCAGCAGGAAAGUUGUAGUCGUUUGGUCUAUGAAAAAGCUGGAAGACAUGGACUGGUUCCGAGAAGAGCUGCGCAUCUGCCGCGAAUCUGCGCCUCCCGAGAGCGUAAGCUGCAAGUUCUUCGUCACUGGAGCGGUUCGCAAUCGGCCCGGGCAGCUCAUGACUGCUCCCAUCAAUGGGGGAGCCAGCCGAGCCUUGACUCACAAGCUCCACGACAAACUUGAUGGUUUCGUCGCAGGCAUUGCUUCGAAGCGAAACUCGGCCUUUAUUCAAGCUGAAGCACAGGGUGAUCCGGAACGCGAGCGCGAACUCCGGGCUGAGAAUGAGGAUCGUAUCACAGCGCUUCCACACCAAAAGUUCUUGCAACCUCAUCAAUAUCCACCUCCACCACCCAAUCCGCCUUCUGAAACGUCGACGAUAAAUCCAACCGUUGCGUCUGAAGAUAACUUUGACCGCAAACUCAACGAAAAUGGCUAUCCCGAGGACAAAAAGCCACAGGCCUCGGAGCAGGAGCAGGAAAUCCAACCUGUCCCAGCUCAUCCUAUUCCAGUUCCGGAGCUUGCACAUUUAUACAACACUGGUAUUCCCGUCGGGGCUACCGAGCGUCCCAUAUCUACCUUUGGCCCACCUGCCGGGUUUGACUUUGGCUUCCCAGAAACUCCCACCGAGUUCCAAAAGAACCUUAUGCGAUCCGCGUUCCCCAUGCCACACCAGACUGAGGACGGUUGGACCAUUGAGUACGGCCGGCCCGAACUCGGAUACAUGCUCAAGCAAUGGGCGACUGGUGGGCCAGAGGGCAGAGGCAUCCUUGGCCGAAGGACUGCCGUCUUUGUCUGUGGUCCUCCGGGGAUGAGAGUCGGUGUGGCCAACACGGUGGCAAAACUCCAAGCGGAAAUUUGGGGCGAUGAUGAGCUGGAGGAAAUAUUCUUGCAUACGGAGAAUUAUGCUCUAUAG